CCAUGAUUCUUUACGCUGUUCUAAAAACCUCGUUAUCUUCCAUCGGAAUUGUUUAAGUUUUUCCACAGGAAUUCAGUAUUUUCAUUUCUAUCAUUCCCCAAACUACCUUUUCUUUACUUUAAACAUUAACUCAUCUUUAUCACACACAUUCUGAAACAAUCAAAGCGAAAUUUACCAGCGGUUAACCUGUGGUAUUCGUCUUAAUACGAAAAGCGACGUCUGGUGUAUGGCAAAGUUUUAUUUACUAUGAUGAAGGAAAGUGAAAACAUGUCCUGCCUUGGUGGAGACUUCACACCGUGAUAUUAUAUAUUUACAUUUCAUGAAUAUCGCUGGAAUAAUAAUAAUAAUAAUAAUAAUAAUGGUGAUGUUUACAUUUGAUACUAGAGGUUUAUGACACUGAUAUUACAAUAUUACAACUAUGUCGCUGGAUAACUUCUCCAGGGAAGAUUUGGUGAGAUUCAUCAAAAAACAGACACUAGUCUUGCAGAAGACCAGAUCACAAUGUGAAAGUUUGAAGAAAGAAGUGGUUAACUACAAAGCAUCAAAAUCCAACAAUGGCAACUCUGUUGAAAACAAAGACUUCAAGGGGCUCCAGGAGCAGGUGCGAAUGUUGGAAGAGGACAAAGAAGAAAUGAAGAAGGCCUACAAUUCAGUCAUUGCUGAGAAAGAAGCCACAUUAACACAGUACCAGGAUAUUGAAAGAAAACACAAAGAGAUUCUCGAAAGUUAUAACGAACUUGAAAAGGAAGUUUCUUCAUUAAAAAGUAAGAAAAAAGAGCUUGAUGAACAAAAUGAAUGUUUGCAUAUGAAGAAUGAGACUUUAUCUACAUCGUAUCACUUUAUGCAAGAAGAACAAGACAGAAUUGUCUUGGAAAAUAAGGAACUGAAGGACCAAAUCAAUGUGCUGACGUCUGCUCAUGAUGAAACCUUACUUUCUCUGAAAGAACUCAAAGCCCAAUGCUCCGAGAACAAAGGCUUGAAUUCUGAAAUGGAAGAUUUGAACAAGCAAUGUGAAGAAUUAGAAGCAAAAGUUAAAAACGCUGAAUCAGAAAGCGAAGCAAGUAGAACUGCUGCUGCUGCUGCUACGAAGAAAUUAGAAGAAAUGAUGGUUAAACUGGAUCUCUUGGAGGACAGCCAUGUUGUCAUGGUAGAUUCUUUGAACAAUAAAGAGGCUGCUUAUGAGAAACUCGUGGACGACUAUCAAAUUAUCAAAGAUCGUUUAACAGAGAAAAUUUCCAUCUUAGAAAAAUUCCAACUUGAAAAGAACUCGUUAAUUGAAAGCAUUCAGUCGAUGAAUGAAGCAGAGUUAAAUAGCCAAGCGGAAUUAAUGGAUGUUGGUAAAUUGUUAAGUGAAUAUAAAAACCAGAUUGAUGAAUUAAAACAACAGAAUCACCUGGCCAGAGAAGAAAAUUCCUCAACAAACGAAGAAGAAAUUGCUGUCUUACAAAAGAAUUUCUCUGAAAAGGAAGCAAAACUGCAAGAGGCUGAAGACAAAAUUCUUGAUUACACCAACCGAAUUACAGAACUCCAAGGAACAAAUGAAAACCUCCAACAUGAAAACCACAGUGUUUGUGACCAAUAUGAGAAUUUGGUAAAAUACAAAAAUGAUCUUGAAAACCAGUUAACAGCUUUGAAAGGAGAUCUUCAGAUUGUGGUUGAAGAACUGAAGCAAGCAAAGGAAGUGGUAGUAAAUACCGAAACAUUCAAACUUGAGUUGCAGGAAAAAGAAGCAGAAUAUUCUUCCUUAUUGCAAAAAUAUACUGAUUCUGCAGAAGUGGUAAGGUAUCUUAAAGAGAAGGUCACGAUGUUGGAAUCAUCCUCUGUCAAAGAAUCCACUGAUGCAGAAGGUUUAAAAGACGGCUCAGAUUCUAACGUUUCUCUGAACGGUGCCGACCAGAAAGUUGACGAGGUCCACUUGGAGAAUGCGAAAAUGAAGUCAAUGUUGGAACAGUUGCUGGAACAGAAGGAGAUUGUGGAGUAUGAGCUUCAUGAAUUGAAGGAAGAGACCGAAUCUCAAAGAAACCUGUUGCUCAGCAAGACCGAACAGCUAAAAGAAUGGGAAAACUUAAUGAACAUGAUGAAGGAGGAUAAAGAGAGGGCUUUGGUUGAUUUGGAGGAGACGGAACAGCGAGAGCUUCAUUGGCGGAACGAACUGGAAUUUCUGAUGAAUUCAUUGCAUGAAGCAUUGAACGAGAGGGACAGUCUACGUGAAGAGAUGUUUAAAUUGACCGAGAAGGACUGUUCUUCCAUCGAUGAAAUUAACAGAAUGAAAAAGAAAGUGGAAGAAAUAAUUAAUGAGAAAUGUCGUUUGGAAGCCGAGUUGGUCCAUCUUGAGAAUGUGUUGCAGAGAACACAGGCAGAGAAAGAGAAUCUGGAGAGAGAGAAAGAGUCAAUAACAGUUGUAAUGCAGUUGGCUGAAGACCACGGGAGGGAAAUGUCAGAAGAGAACAAGAAUCUUAAGGCUUUUAGUGAAAAAUUGUCCUGCGACAAAGAAGAACUCACCAGAACUUUGACAGCUGCCCAAGAAGAAUUGGAGGAGUUAAAAGAAAGAGAGAAAGAAACGGCAGAGUCCACUGAGAAUAUAUACUGUCUUGAAGAAUCUCUGCGUAAAAGCAGGGAAGAAAGUGAAGCGAUUGAGAAAGAGAAAUUAAAGGCAUUGAGUCAAUGUAAAAUAAAAGAGGAAUAUAUCGAAGAUUUGGAGAAAGCUCUAUCAGAGAAAAGUAGUUAUGUUCAGGAACUUGAGACCAAAAUUAUUGAAUUGUCAAAUUCUCUUUCUUCAAUGAAAAGGAAAUAUGAUGACAUGAAACUAGAAAAUGAAAAAUCAGAACAAGUUUUGGAAGAAGCUUGGGUGGAGAAAAGUGAGACUCAGACAAGGUUGAAAGAGGGACUCUUGGAGAAGCAAAGCAUUAUUGAUGAUCUACAGAAGACUAUCAGUAAGAUGCACAGUGCCGCAACAGAAGAAAUGAAAAUGGUUUAUUCAGAUAACGAUCAUUACAGAGUUAAAAAUAAUGCUCUGAAAAAUUCAUUCCAGCAAUUAGAAGAGCAGCUGAAUGUGGUGACCGAAGAGAAAAUGGAACUUGCAAAUAGUUUGGAAGAGAAACACAGUUUGAAUUCUAUCUUGGAAGAAAAAUUGACCCUUGCCUGUCAGCAGAAGGAAGUGUUGAUGGAAGAGAAAGAGAAGCUCAUUAAAACGGUGCAAGAGUAUGCAGAAUCUCUGGAGUGUUUAACUCAGGAAAAACAGGAACUUGUUGAAUUGAGGGAAAAAUUAAAACUCAUUGAGAUGAAUAAGAAGAACAUUGAAGAUUCUGAUAGUCAUUCCAAAGAGAUUUUGGAGAAAUUUGAGUUUGAACUUCAGGAGAAAGACAAGAAAAUGGAAGAACUUCAGGCUGAACUCUGCUCUGUGAGAGAUGAAAAUUCUAAUAUAGUUAAAGAAAACGAUUGCCUCAAGAAAGAUCUCAAAGAACAUACUGCAAGAGUUGAUUAUUUAACCGAUCAACUUUCAACGUUGGAUCAAUUGAAAAACAGCCUCCAACUGGUCCAAACUGCAUUUGAGAAUGAGAAUGAGGAGCGGAAAAAACUGGAAUCCAGUCAAGAGAAAUUGGUAACCGAGAAAAAAUUAAUGUCUGAAGAUUUUAGUGAAAAACUUGAACAGCUUAAGCAGGCAUCAGAUCAGCAGACGUCUGUGUUACGUGAUGAAAUGAACUCUUUGCAAUCAGAACUUGUUGAAAAGGGAAAAUCUUUUGAUGAACUUUCUUUAGAGUUGAAUGAGAAAACGGAAUUAUUGAAAGUAGCUGAUGAAGAGAUUGAACAUUUAGAGAAACUGAUAGAUGAGAAAAAUUUGGUAGUGGAAGAUUUAAAGAAAGUCUUAAAAGAAAAAUAUGAUUGUUUAUCAGAACUUGAAUCUAAACAGAAAGAACUUUGUACAUUUAAAGAACAAAUUAAAAUAUCUUCCGAAGAGGAAUUGGUCAAAUUAAGAACAUGUCUUGAAACUUUAGAAGCCAAAACACGGGAAGAUGCAGAAACAAUAGGACAAUUAAAUACUCAACUUUCUACAGAAACAAAAGAGAAAGAUUCUUUGAAGGAACAAUUAGACAGAAAUCUAACUGGAGAGGAAAUACAUCAAAAGAAACAGCAAGAACUUGAAAUUUCUUUGAAUGAAAGCAUAUCAAAGACAGCCUCUUUAGAAGAAUCGGUAAACAAUUUCAAAGAAUUACUUGAAAAGAAAGAAAUUCUGUUAGAAGAAAAGUCGCAGCUAAUCACUACGUUAGAGAAUGAAAAACAUUCUCUGAAACAGCAGCUGACAGAGAACCAACAUCUUGUUGAAGAAGGAACAAAUUCUGUGAGGAAUGUUAAAGAAGAUCUUAAUAAUGAAAUUUCUAAGUCUGAAAAUCUUCGCUGUGAGUAUGACGAAAAGCUGUCUCAGCUGAAUGGAACCAUAAAAGAACUGUCAGAUAAGGUUUCCUGCUAUGAAGGAGAAAUCCAGAAAUUGGAAAGUUCCAAGACUGAACAAGGAUCUAACUUGGAAUCAACAACAAGUUCUGUGAAAGAUUUGAAAGAAUUACUUGAAAAGAAAGAAAUUCUGUUAGAAGAAAAUCUGAAACAGCAGCUGACAGAGAACCAACAUCUUGUUGAAGAAGGAACAAAUUCUGUGAGGAAUGUUAAAGAAGAUCUUAAUAAUGAAAUUUCUAAGUCUGAAAAUCUUCGCUGUGAGUAUGACGAAAAGCUGUCUCAGCUGAAUGGAACCAUAAAAGAACUGUCAGAUAAGGUUUCCUGCUAUGAAGGAGAAAUCCAGAAAUUGGAAAGUUCCAAGACUGAACAAGGAUCUAACUUGGAAUCAACAACAAGUUCUGUGAAAGAUUUGAAAGAAUUACUUGAAAAGAAAGAAAUUCUGUUAGAAGAAAAGUCGCAGCUUAUCACUACAUUAGAGAAUGAAAGAGAUUCUCUGAAACAGCAGCUGACAGAGAACCAACAUCUUGUUGAAGAAGGAACAAAUUCUGUGAGGAAUGUUAAAGAAGAUCUUAAUAAUGAAAUUUCUAAAUCUGAAAAUCUUCGUUGUGAGUAUGACGAAAAACUGUCUCAGCUUAAUGGAACCAUAGUAGAACUGUCAGAUAAAGUUUCCUGCUAUGAAGGAGAAAUCCAGAAAUUGGAAAGUUCCAAGACCGAACAAGUAUCCAACUUGGAAUCAACAAUAAGUGCACUGAGAGAACAAGUAGAAUGUUUGAGUUCAGAUAUUAAGACUGUCAAAGAAGAAGAGAAGCUGAAACAAGCUAGUGCUGUUGAAAACAUGGAUGAGAAAUUGUCUUCAUUAAAAGAGUCUUUGAAAGAGAAAGAUGAUUUGAACACCAAACUAAAGGCACUUGCUGUGAAAAGCAAAAAACAAGUGGAAGAGUUAAAGCAUCAGAUGGAAAAGUUGAAAGAAGAGAAACUAGCCAUGGAGAAGAAAAUGAAGGUUUCUUAUGAAAAGCUGUGUCGAGUUGAGAACCAAAAUAUCGAGUCUGGAAUACUUUCCACAAAUUAUGCAGUUGAACAUAGUUCCAAGUGUCUGCAGCAAGAAUAUGACAAGUUGCAUGACAAUUGGGAAGAUGAGAAGGAAAAAUGUCAGAAACUUGAGAAGGACUUGCAGCAGACCGUGUCCGAGCUGACGGAUCUCAAAUUGAAGCAUAUCAGCUUGAAAGAGGACAAGGAUAAGGUCAACCAGCAGUUGGAGGCCAUGUUGGCUGAGAAUAAGUCUUUAGAAAACCAAAUCAGUGAAAUAAACUCCAAAGUGAAUCUUCUGGAGAAAGACAAAGAUUCUCAGAGGAUUCAAAAGGAGGAAAUCUUGAAAGAGAAAACUGAGAUUGCUGCCAAAGUCCUGGAACUUGAAAAUCAACUAGAAGCUGUUAACGCAGAGAAGUCUAAGUCACUUAACAAACUACAAGAACAAUUGCAGACGGCUAAAAUAGAAGCUACUCAGAACAGUAUGAUGGAUCUGGAAAUUGCAGAUUACGAACGCACUGUCAAAUCUAUUCAAGACCAACUUGGUGAAAAGGAGAGCAAAAUCACCGAACUCACAAAUGAUGUCAAACAUUGUGAAGAACGCAUUAAAACUCUACAAAAAGAAGUUGAUUAUGUUGACGAACAGAAAGUGCAAGCUGAAGAUCGAAGUCAAAAAUUAAAACAGCUUCUAAUGAAAGCAAAGAAAGAUUUGGCAGAUUCUAAGAGACUUGAAAAUGAGCAGAAGACAUGUGAAGCUCAGUUGAGAGGCCAGCUGGAGCAUUUCACGCAACAGAUGGAAGAAUGCAAGCUGCAGAUGUCCGAGAUGAGUGUUGAGAAUCAUAGCCUCGAAGAACGGCUGAAAAGCACAACUGAAGUGCAUCAGAGAUCGAUGAAAAUCCAAGAGAAACAAGUUCAAUCUCUACAGCAACAGCUGGAUGAUGUGCAGGCACAACUGAAUUCAGUUCAGAAUGACUAUGAAGGCUACAAGGUUCGAGUCCACAGUGUGUUGAAACAACAAAAGGACAAGAUGUCUUCUAACGAUGUAAAUUCUGUUGAAAAGCAAGAAAGAGAACAACAAGACAGAUUUAUUGAGCAGCUUAAAGCUAAAAUUCAAGAACUGAACACCAGUUGGUCUGCGUCACGUCAAGAGAAUGAAACUCUCCAAGAAGAGCACGAUCGUUUACUGAUGCGCCAUAAUAAGCUCCUCGAAGACUUCCAGGACAGGGAGACCCUAUUUAAAGCUAAGUUAGUAUCUGAUCAGAUAAAGUUUCUGAAGGUGGAACACAAUAAAACUCUUACUUUGCUCCAUAACCAGACGGAAUCGAACGAGAAAGAAAUCUACCGUCUUCAGAAAGAACUCCAGCAGCAACAGCAGCAGCAACAGCCGCUGCAGUUGCCGCUUCAGCCAUCCAUGGCAACUGUACAGUAUGUUAGUAAACCACCAGACCGAGACCGAGACCCGAGUGAUUCACCUUCUGAUUUAUCUUCUGACAUUCUUCGACAUGAAGAACGGCAACAGGGCGAGGGUAUGGAAUUUGUUGACACGGAAUCCUUCCAUCGGGGGAACAGCAAUCCGGGUUUGUCUACAUUGGUUAGCUUUGAACAGCUUCUCACUCAACCGGAACAAGAAGUUGUGAAACCUCCCGUGUUUAAUGAAGAAGAGCUGAAAGCAAGCUACGAUUCAGCACAGAAGAGGAGUGAUCACCUGGCUCAGCUACUAAACGAAAGCGAAGCAACUGUGAUGCGUUUGACUGAACAGGCCAAAAUUCUGAAGGAAGAAAUCCGUCGUUUAGAGCGGAAUCAAGAAAGAGAGAAAGAAUCGGCUAAUUUAGAGUAUUUGAAGAAUAUUUUCCUCAAGUUUGUUAUGUUGAAAGCUGGAGAUGAGAGACAAAUGUUGAUCCCAGUUAUUUGUACAAUGUUAAAAUUGAGCCCCGAAGAGAAAACACAGUUAACAGCAAUUGCCCAAGAUAAUGUGGUUUAUGCGUUGGAACCAUUCCAACUGAAGAAAUUUCUUACAUGUUUGUCUCUUAGAUUUAUAAGUGUAUCUCCUAUCUUUGUCUGCAUGAAUAUUUUCAAACUUUCUGCCAGAAAAGAACCAAUUGUGGCCUGUAAUUCUAACAAUCUCAAGUUAUUUGCAUUGCCAUUAUGA